UGGAUCCCUACCAAUCGAUCAAAGCGACUGACCAUGAAGUACCGCGGAGUAGUCUACGAUGUCGGCCUAGACUUCAACGACACAGGAGAAUUCUCCGUUGAACCAUUCAAUCCCGCCUUGGUUGGACACGACAUGCGCGUCAUAGCCAACAACCUACACGCCAACGCCGUGCGGAUCGAGGGCGAAGAGAUCCAUCGCCUGGUCACUGCCGCGCGCCUUGCUCAUUCCGUGGGCCUCACAGUAUUUUUCAAUCCGUGGAAGAUGAACGCCAGCAUAGAUAAGACGCGUGUCUAUAUGGGAGAGGCGGCGCAAGCGGCUGAGCAGCUCAGGGCCGAAGGCGUCGACAUCGCCUUUGUUGCAGGCUGCGAGUACUCGAUUUUCAGCAAGGGCAUCUUUCCCGGAGACAACUUCAAAGAGCGCGGGAUGUGGUUUGGAGCAUAUUCGAUAUCGUGGGCAUUGACUAUUACCGCCGCGGCGAAAGCGAAGAAGCAUAUGUUACCGGUCUUGAACGUCAUCGCUGCGACAAGCCCCUCGCAGUUCUAG